AUGUUGCAAAGUCGAUUGCCACCAUCUUUUAGGAUACAGAUCAGCAGUCUCAGGUACCUGUGUUACCGGCUUUACUCCAACUCACUGGAAAUUGCUCAGUCAAAAGAAUGGCUAGAUACCUUUGAUAGCUCGCAGAUUCCAAGACAUUUGUUCAGCAUUUCCUACAGUAGAUCUUCGGGACCGGGAGGCCAAAAAGUCAAUAAAACAUCCUCAAAAGCGACUGUAGCUUUGGGCGAGGGCGAAUGGCUACAAAGCUCAACGAGCUAUUGGAUACCUUCACCCAUACGACAACAACUUCAAGAAAACCCAAUACGUUACGAGACGAAAUCCAAAGGACUACUAAUUCAGUGCGAUACGAGUAGAAGCAGAGACCAAAACACUGAGGAAUGCUUUUCGAGGCUAUUGGCGGAAAUCAAGUCAAAAGUGUACUUUCCGGGGGAGGUCAAGGAAGAAGACAAAGCUAAAUGGGUUCAAUUGGAGGCAGAUUUCAAGGAACGAAAAAAGUUUAAUAAACAGAAACAAUCUGAAAAGAAACGAAACCGGGUUAAAAAGUUUGAUUUAUGA